AUGGAUGACGACGAGAAGAAGGACAUGUGUCCUAUAUGUAAGACAGAUCGGUAUUUGUCACCGGAUAUGAAGUUUCUGGUGAACCCGGAGUGCUAUCACAAGAUAUGCGAGUCCUGCGUAGACCGUAUAUUCAGUCUCGGACCUGCGCAGUGUCCCUAUGAGGGCUGUGAUAAGAUUCUACGGAAGAACAAGUUCAAAACACAGAUAUUCGCGGACGUGGAUGUCGAACGGGAGGUGGAUAUCCGUAAACGGGUGUUUAAUGUGUUCAACAAGACGAUUGAAGAUUUCGAUGGAGACACCGCAGCGUACGACCAAUAUCUGGAGGAGGUGGAGGACAUCGUCUAUGGGCUAGACAACGGGAUUGAUGUUGCCAAAAACGAAGAGAAACUACGGACUUACGAGGAGCUCAACAAGCAGCUGAUCCUGGCGAACAUGGAGCGUAAUAAACAGACACUGGAAAACUUCGAGCAGCGGCAGAAGUUCGAGAAGGAGAUCAAGCUGAAAAAGCGGCAGCUGGAGAAGCAGAUAGAGGAUGAGGAGCGUGCCAACCGCGAAUGGGUUAAAUGGGAAAUUGUUAACCAGCUCACCACGAGUGAAGACGCGGAGCAAGUGAUCGAGAACGUUAAAAAGACGGUCAAACUGAAGAAGUCGUCCGCGCGCCGCAAGCUCGAAGAGCUGAACAAGGUGCUGCGAAACAACCCCUACAUGACGAUAUCCAAUGGGCGUAUGAAGAAACAGGAGCACGUCCCGUUCACACCUUUCAACGGCGACCGCGACCGCCACAAGCGCUACGUGAUAGACGAAGAGAGUUACCACGACCCUGUCGUCAAGGAGCUACAGACGAAGAAGGAGUAUAUUGCAUCAGGAUUCAGAGCUGAAUAUGUAUAUAAUCGUGUGCUGACAGAAGCGUUCAUGGGCCUCGGCUGUAUCAUACAGGAUGAGUUACAGCCCUCUUAG